AAGGCUGGAACGACUCCCUGCGGCCGAAGGACAGACAGGGAAACGUGAAGGUCAGAGGACGGAGAGCCUCUCAGCUCCCACUAGACCGACCACAAAACUCCCAGGAGCCUUUGCAACAACUCGGGUCGGUCCGCAAGAAUCAAAGGAGGAAAGGUACGUUGGUGUGCAGCAGUAAUGGGACCGGUGGCAGCAGCUCCAUCUACUCGGUUGCCAUGGUGUCGAUCCCUGACUGCGUGGACAACGCGACGCAGACGGACAUCAGUUUCGUGAACAUCGUUCCUCCGGGGAGGAGCAGAGGUCACCACCAUCCCCACCACCGCUCCUCCUCCCCUCCCCCUCCGUCCCCCCCCGCGCCUCACCUCGAAGCACCGUACGGCAUCAACGAGUUCUGUGUGUUUGAGUACAACGACCCCGACGACUACUUUGACGUCUCCAACCACGAGGUGGACAGACCGGACGACCUGGAGUACGAGGAGGUGGAGCUGUACAAGUCCAGUCAGCAGGAGAAGCUCGGGCUGACCGUCUGCUACAGGACGGACGACGAGGAGGACCUUGGGAUUUACGUUGGAGAGGUAAACCCAAACAGCAUAGCAGCAAAGAACGGACGCAUCAGAGAGGGGGAUCGAAUCCUGCAGAUUAACGGAGUGGAUAUUCAGAACAGAGAGGAGGCCGUGGCCAUUUUGACCCGAGAGGACAGCAUCAACUUCUCCCUGCUGCUGGCCAGGCCGGACAUAGAGAAUGAUAACCCUGUUGGUCCAGAGGAGGAAAUGGAUCUGACUCUGGAGGUGGGGGGCUUCCACCAAAACCCCCGAACCACCUCCGUCACAUCCCCCCUUCCCUCUGGAUAUUACCGCCUCUGCCGGGGAGGAGGGGGAGGAGGAGAAGGUGUAGGUGGUGAUGUUGCCGUGGAGGAGGAAGAGGAUGAAGAGGAAGGAGAGAGGGGGGAGAACAGAGACCCUCCUCCUCCCCUCCCCCCCCUGCUGAGCCUGGCCCCCCUGCUGAGCCACAGCCAGGAGCUGGACAGCGGGGUGGGCCGCACCGACGACAGCACGCGCUACGAGUCUGAACACGAUCUGCUGGGAGAUCAAACCAGCGCCCCCAACACCAACACCACCAACACGCCCGGCAGCACCCGCAAGUUCAGACCCGGACUCAGCCCCCGGCCGAGUCCUCGACCCAGCCCCCGGCCAAGUCCCCGACCCAGCCCCGGCCUCGGGCCCAGCCCUGGGAGAGGAGACUCCACCCCUCCCUUCCUCCACCUGAGAGACCUGCAGCUCAGCUCCGACUCCCUGCCCGGCCUGGACUGGACGUCUGGAGGAGGAACAGGAGGAGCAGCGUACAGCCCCCACCACCACCACCACAAGCACUACCACCUCCACCACCUUCAGCCUCCUCUGACGAUGAUGAUGCCGGGCCUGACGGAGGAAGAGUGCCAGCGCUACCAGGAGCUGCUGGAGAUCAAGUGCCAGUACGAGAAACAGAACGAAAAACAGCAAAGAGAAGCUGUGAAAAACGAACGCGAGGACAACAGAGAAGCGCUGAACAACCAGGAAGAGAGAAAAGACGCAGAGGAGGAAGCUUCUUCUUCGGUGGUGGUGGACGUCAACUGCAACCCGACUUUAAGCGAGCACGAGAUGGCGCUGAUCGAGGAAGAGUUGCGCCACCUGGAGUUCAAGUGCCGAAACAUCCUGCGAGCGCAGAAGAUGCAGCAGCUCAGAGAGAGGUGUUUGAAGGCCUGGAUGAUGGAGGAGGAGACGGUGGGGCGACCCGGACCCCCGGACACAGGUAUGGAUGAAGACAAUGAGGAAGAUAAGGACCCUCAUCAUCACGAGUUGUCGGCCAUCAACGAGCUUCCUGAGCGAGAGCGGUCGGACGACAAAGACAGCACGAGCGCCUACAACACCGGGGGGGAGAGCUGCCGCAGCACGCCAUUGGUCAGCACCGAGCAGAUCCCGCCUCUCCAGGAAGAGGAAGAUAAUAGAGGAAGACGACUGAUGUCUCCGCCUCCUCUCCUCCCCCUCAGCCGCCUCCCUCCUCUGAACUCCCCCCUCACCCCGCGGCGCCACAGGAGGGAGAGAGACAGAGAGCGACGUCACUCCAACCUCAGCGGCUCCUUCUCCCCCAGCACAUACAGGAAGAUCGAAACAGCCAAUGGCAACGUGGCAAACGGUUCAAGCUCCACCCCCUCCACGCCCUCCAAGUUCAGGUCUCUGACCAGAGAGGCGGGGUCUUCUUCACGAAGAGGCGUGGCUGACGGAGGGCAGGGCUCCAGAGCAGGUGGCACUACAGGAGGAGGAAGUGCAGAGUCCAGUCCGUAUUUCACCAGGAGACACCAGAGCCAGCACAAACCUCUGGAACGCUACCAGAGCUGCAUGACGCUCCCCUCCGAGGGCCUGGUGGAGCCUCUGGACCGGGGGAGGGACAGAGCGAGGGUGGAGGAGAGGGGGAUGGGGACGGGCAGCAGCGGCCCCGGCAGCCCCAGGAGUGUGAACAGCGCCCCCUGUGGUCUGGAGGACCGAUACACGCGCGCCUCGCGGUUAGGACUCGCUCUACCGCUCGGGAUGACGCACUCAUCGCCGACUGCCUCACCACAGCGCAUGGAGUGGAAGGUAAAGGUCCGGAGCGACGGCACUCGAUACGUAGCCAAGCGUCCGGUCAGAGAUCGCCUGCUGAAGGCCAGAGCCAUGAAGAUCAGAGAGGAGCGCAGCGGCAUGACCACCGACGACGACGCUGCCAGUGAGAUGAAGCAGGGCCGAUACUGGAGUAAAGAGGAGAGGAAGCAGCAGAUGCUGAGAGCCAGAGAGUACCGGCGGAGACGAGAGUUCAUGAUGCAGAGCCGGCUGGAAUACCUCAAAGGAGACAGGGACGCCUCAUCGACAGAACUUCAUUCCUCGCCGCUGCACGCCCGUCAGGACUCCCCCUGCAACAACAUCCUGUUACUGAGCCAGAAGAAGAUCACCAAGAAGAGGAACCGGCGAAUCCUCGACAACUGGAUCACCAUCCAGGAGCUGCUGGCUCACGGCUCCAGGUCUCCGGACGGGAAGAAAAUAUACAACCCUCUUCUCUCCGUGACCACGGUGUGACCGGAGGACAGAGGGAGGAAUUAAGAAGGAAUAUACUGACGAUACAAACUGGGAAAUAUGAUAUCUAAGCUUGAACUGUAUAUGAGCUGGAAGAGAGAAAGAAGACUUGACAGGGUUGGAUUUAAAGAGGAGAUUUAAAACGUUGAACAUUUUGGUGUACGGGAAAGAUCUGCUAAAAACUGUUCCAUGAACUGUCUUUGAUACUGACUACAAGUGGAAUUACAAACGGGAGAAUAAAAGGGAAUAUACAAGUUAACAAGAGGAUGGAGUAUAAGGACAAGUGCAGCAGGAGAUGCCUAAAAUGUCCCCCAAAAAAAAGGACAGUUUACGUUACAUAGAAUAAGUGGCAAAAAUAUCACAGAAAUCAGGAUGAACAGGUACUUAAAGGAGAAGCCUUAGAGUCUGGAUCUGGAAGGUACAUCUACUACAAUUGCAUACAAACUCAAAUGAAAAGACUGAAAUGGACAUUAAGAGACACUAUUUGGUGCAAACUGAGAUAAAUAUGCAUUUGUGGGACAUUUUGAGAACUUUGGACUUUUUGAAUCUUGGUCAUAAUCAUAUACAGAAUGGGGAAAUUGGGAAGAUUGGAGGAAAAUUGUUUAAAACAAUGGAGGUUGUUUCUGAUUCAUCAGAAGCUCAGCUGAACAUCUGUUGCUGGUUAUAGCUUACCGUUAUCUUACAUUAUAAUGUGAGGCAACAAUAGGAUUUACUUUCUGUCCGAGGAAACUUAAAGCAAGGUAAGGAAAUGUCACUUGUUCAUCUUCUCUGGAUAAAAUGUAAUUCUGCAUUAUGAUAAAAGGUUUCCCAGCGUAUGGAGUGCGGACACUGAGAUGCUGAACACAGUGUGGAGAUGGGACCGCAACCUUUAAGAGAAUAACUUUUUGAACUUUUCAUAUUUAGUUUCGAUAUAAAAGAAACAUAUCUGAAGAGUCAGAGAAAGUCAGGUGAGAUUUCUUUUUCAGAUCUUCUGAGCUUCACGUCUCAGAAUCUAAGCCUCUUAAUCUCUAAAUGCACAGAAAUAUACAGUGCAGAAACAUAUUGACACAAUAGUCAUAAAAUAAUAAUAAAAUACUUUUAUUUCUGCACACUGAGGGAGAUUCUACUAUUGAUCAACAUUCAGUAGUCAACCAUUAUGUGCAUUAAAGGAUCUCGGUCUCCUAAAAAUUAAGUUUCCAUGCAACUGAACACAAGACUGUAACCAAAACUCAACAAUUACUUCUUCUACAUUUACAUUUUAUAAAUAAAACAAACAUACAGUUGACAUUUUAAGCCAAAACAUGAUUUUUUUUUUACCAAACCUGAGAAGUAGUUUUGUUGUCUGAAGUUUUGUACUGAUUUCUUUUUUUUCUUUUUCGUUUUUUUAAAAGAGAGUGCAGCUUCGUUGUAUAGGAACAUAUACUUUUUAGAAGACAGGGGGGACUUCUCUUUUGCCUUCAUUCAACUGGUGCAUCAUUUUGUAAAAUCACUUUCCCAGAAUGCCUUUUAAAAACUCCUGAGGGGAAACGAAGACGCCUAACAUUUGUCCUUUUGUUGUUGUUGUUUUUUGCCUUAAGACACAUUAUAUUGUUCAUAUAUCGACGACUAUAUUUAGUUGCUUAUGGGUUUUUCCCCUGCAGCAGAUUGGUUCUCAGUGUGGUCGGGGCUUCAUUGUGUUGGACCUGUGUAUAAUAAGACAUUAAUAUUGAAUAAUGAAAUGCAUGAAUUAAGUAUUAAACAUUGUGGGUUAUUGGACAUAAUUCUUGAAUCUAAAGUGGUGUAGUGUAAAAAGCCAUGUGCAGAAAGUUUUAGUAGUGAAAGUGCAAAAAAAGGAGAGUUGAUUAAAUUAAAAUUAAGUGAAAUAAAAAA